GGUUGCUAUCAACAACGCGACGAACACAUAGGACUGUUGACAAUAUUUUUCCUGUGUUCGGACCAAAAUAACGCAAUUAUCAUGCCAGCUCCAGAUGAACCUUACUACUGCUCACAGCAAAUCAAUAUUCCUCCUGCCCUGCCAGAUAUUUUAAAACAAUUCACAAAGGCAGCUAUAAGGACCCAACCUAAGGAUGUACUUGCCUGGUCUGCAGCUUAUUUCAAGGCCAUGUCAAAAGGCGAGACGCCACCUGUUAAAGAUAGAUUAGAGAUGCCAAUAGCAACACAAAAGACAGACACAGGAAUCACGGCUGGUCUCCUCAAGGUCUUGCACAAACAGCUUGGUCCAAAGAAGGUUGUACCCCUCUCACUGAUAGAAGAGAAAUGGAAAGAUCUCUCUCUUCCAAAGGAGCAGUUUGAUGAGUUAGUUCAGGUCGGAAGUUAUGGCGGUGAUGUGGAGUGGUUGAAAUUCUUCAGUUUGGCAGCUUCAGGUUUAGGAGAAAAUAUCACCGAUGCAAUGCAAAUGAUCUGCGAAAUAUUGACGGCUGAUCCAGAGGGUGGUGCAGCCAGAAUCGCCUUCCCACUCUGGCAAGACCUCUACAAAUAUUUGGCACAAAUCGAUGGCGAUAUCUCAACUGAACAAGUGGAUGAUGUCUGUGCACAUCUGCAAUAUGACGUAGAUAAACAAGAUGGUUUUGUACAGCCACGGAAUUUUCUAAGUCCAGAUUGCCCAAAAUUAGGAUAAAAUGUCACACAGACUUCGUGUCAUUCUACCACUGAACACUUUCACUUAAAGACUGUAAAACAUUCUAAAUUAUUUAAUACAAAGACAAACAACAGAAAAGUGUUUGACUUUUAUUCAAAACAUUCAAAUAUUUGUCUUAAUCAUGUGAUAUCACUGUCUUAUUGGAGUAAGGUCAAGGUUAUCUUUGGUUUUGUUGCAUUUCUUAUGAAAUGGACAACUUGUUGUAAAAUCCACAAUCCAUCCAUGUAAAUUUUCCUUGAUAUUAAUGUCGGUUUGCCAUAUCCGUUUUAUCAUAUUUAUUUCUUACAUAUUCCAUCCAAUAUUGUUGCUUGUUGUUGAGAGAAAUGAUCAGAGACGGCUCCCAAAAUAUAACGAACAAAUGUGGCAGUAUUUGCUGCAUGCGUUGGUUACCCCUGUCCAUUGUAGACUUCUUCUGAAAAAUAACAGGUUUGUAAAUAAAGUAAUUUGUAGCUUUUCAUGGC